GCAAGUAUGAUGGUUGGCGGAAGUCGGUGUGCCGUCGUCAACACUGGCGUUGUGCUCCGGCCAAUGCUCCGGCUCGUCCGUUUUCCGUCUGUCCCGUUUGAGGAUCUGCGGACCGUCCGGAGAAACGCCAGAACAACUGACGAAGGUUCCAAGGAAAAGCAUAAACCCCAAAAGCACUCGGAUUCUGAGCUAGAAGAUGACGCAUCGGUUACUGAACCAAGCACAACAGCAAGAAUUACGUUCUUGGUUGUUUUCGUCGCCCUGGCCAUAAUGGUUGGGGCUAUCUUUUUGGCACUGCAGAGUUCCUCAUCUUUAAAUACAUUUUAUACUGAAGCUGAACUUGAAGCAAAUGAGGACUUCAUAGUUGCCCAAGAAGAAAUGGAAGUUGAAAGCCAGCAUUAUGCUACUGAUGUGGAGGGAUCUAGUGAAUUAGAGCCAAGUGUCCAAAGUAAAGACCAAAGCAUCAACUUGGGAACCUUCAGCAUAGAUCCCACAGAGCCGCUGCAGGCUCCUGAGAAUGCAGUGCUUGGCAGUAGCCAGACAAGCACACCAACACAGCACUUUGAAUCUGUCCCGACCACAGACCCCACUGAAGUGCCUGUUGGCCGCACGUCAGAAACAGUGUCAUCAACACUUACGGAAACAGAUCUGCUAAGCUCUACUGAAAUACUGCAGCCUUCAGAGGCUUCAGAGAUUAAGCAGGAUGAAAGUGACCGGGCGUUGUCCUUAGAGGCAACAAAAGUGUCAGAGGCUUCUUCACCUCCAGCAUCAGAGAUGGCCACAUCUACAUUGGAAACAAUGGCUUUGAAUGCAGAUCCACUUGAAGAACAGGCUGCUAUCACAAAUGAGUACGAUGCAAGGAUUCAGAAGGAUCUCCAAGAAUCUGAAGAGCUAGUUGAGCAGUCCCCUGAAAAGGCUCUUGAGAAGUUUAAGCGGCUCCUCCAAACUCACCCACAAAGUCCCAGAGCCAACUAUGGCAAAGCGCUGGCCUUGGAGAAGGUUGCUGAACUGAGGAAGAGCAAUUCGAUCCUGGAACAGAGCAUCCAGGCUUAUUUGGAGGUGAUGAAGUUGCCGAAGGUUCCCAGUGAGUUGUACCUCCGAGCAGGAAACAAAGCUGUGGAUCGCAUGCGCUUCCGAGGAAUUUUUACCAAAGCUAUAAAACUGCAGGCAGAAAUGAGCAGCAAGUUCCCAGAGAAUAUUGGAAUCAAGAAUCAAAUGGCAGUUUCUUACCUCAUGAUUGGGCAAGGAAAGGUUGCUGCCGGGCUGCUUGAACAGGUUUUGAAACAAGACCCAAACAAUGGGUUUGCCAAGGUGCACUAUGGUUUCAUAUUGAAGACUGAAAGAAAUGACUUGGAUAGUGGCAUCAAGUAUAUGAGCGAAGGCAUUGCAACCAAGGAGCCAGGGGUCAUAGAUGGCCGGUUUUACUUGCACUUAGGAGAUGCCCUCCAGAGGACCGGACAGAAUGAUGAGGCUCUGAAAGUCUACAAAGAAGGAGUCAAAGAGGGACUCUUUGCAUCUGUUUACCAGCGCUCUCUGUACAGCGUUGAUGGGCUGAAAGCUCAGCCAUGGUGGGACCCAAAGGAAACGCCAUAUGCAUCAAGCCUAAAGGAGCUGGAAAAGCACUGGAUUGACAUAAAAAAUGAAGCACUUUCUCUAAUGACUGACAGAGGUUUUAAACCAGAAGCUGAGAACCUGAGGGACUCUGGAGAUUGGAAGCAGUUUGAAAUUUUUGCAAGAGGUAAAAAAAUUGAGAGGAACUGCAGAUUGGCUCCUAAAACAUGUGCACUCAUAGGCCAGAUACCAGACGCUGCUGGCUGCAAGAGAGGACAGGCAAAAUUUUCAGUCAUGCACCCAGGCACCCACGUUUGGGCACAUGUGGGGCCAACAAACUGCAGGCUUCGCUCACACCUUGGACUUGUUGUACCACCGAAAGUUCGCAUCCGAGUUGCCAAUGAGACAAGGUGUCCUUCCGUGGUUCCUGCUUCUUGGUCUCCACAACUACGAUCGCCUUUCUUCCACUAUACGUGAAGCCGAUGCCAAGCCCUCCAUUGCAACCAUCACCAUCACCAGCACACACUGACGAGGUAAGUGAGAUGCCGUGAUGACAUUUUAAAGCUUCUGCCUUCUGCACCGCCCGCUGCGUUCGGUCACUUUGAUGCCAAUGGCAUGUGCGUUUGGAUCCAUGCUGUAGGCCAUGUGAUUGUGUGUUAUUUGAAGUGCUUCGUUAGGUGUGCCUCGUGUGUGCCUUUGUGGUCUACAGUGAUAAAUGGCCUCGUCAGCCUCCAGGCUAAAGUGUCUGACUUUGGAGCAGUAAGUUUUGCUGAUAAAAAACAUGGAAAAAGGCAGCCAGCAGAAAACUGACAUCGCGAAAGAAUUCUGCAUACCGCCAGCUACUUUAUCAACCGUACUGAAAAACAAGGAAACUGUGCUGGAUGGCUUUGAAAAGAGUUUCUCGGCAAAGAGAAAGAGGAAUCGCAAUUCGAAAUACCCCGAAAUGGAAGGUGCACUUCUAUAGGCUGAAGAACGCCAGGAAUGCAAAUCUCCCCAUACAUGGACCUGCACUUAUUGCAAAAGCCGAAGCUCUCACCCUCCAAAUGGGCCAUACCGAUUUCAAGUGCAGCAAUGGCUGGCUUGAGCAGUUCAAGAAACGACAUGGCAUGACCUCAAAGUAGAUCGUUGGCAGAAGUGCAGCCGUGAACCUUGACAAAGACAAGGUUCACAGAAGACAAAGACAUCUACAACGUAGAUGAGGCUACAUUUUUCUACGAGAUGGUACCGAAUUGAAUGUUCACUGCUGCUGACGGAUCCUCAUCCGGAGGAAAACAGAGCAAGGAGCACGUCAGCGGUGCUGUUUGGUGCCAAUGCAACAGGCGAGGACAAUCUUCCCUUGUUGAUACUGGGGAAGGUGGAGAAGCCGCAGUAUUUCCUAAAUGCAACUAUUCUCAAGCAAUGCAUUUACAGGAGUAACAAGCGAGCAUAGAUGACUGCUGCUAUUUUUGAAGACUACGUGCACUUUCUGGAUUGACGGUUCAACGUAAAUUAUCGCCAAGCGCUUUUCAUAAUUGACAAUUGUUUGAGCCAUGGGAAGGUCGACAACCUCAAGGCAGUCUCUGUAGAAUUUUUGCCUGCAAACACAAUCGCGGUACUGUAACCGAUGGAUCAGCGCAUCAAUGAGACCACCCGAAAGCUAUACCGUGAGGCUCUUUUGCCGCGCAUGCUCACAGCAUAUGACGCCCGCAAGAGGUACAACAUUUAUUUUCUUGUUGCGAUCCAUUUGUUGAACUUUUUAUGGAAUCAACUUGCACCUUCGAAGGUCGCCAACUGCUUUGCGUGCGCCAGCUUUUUCCACGUCGUCGUCAGCGACCCCUACGAUGACUACCCUGACGAUGACUGGACUUGCAGCAAUCUGUAUGAGGCUGUUAAUAAAAUCACUGGCCAAGAGGUAGAAGGAGACUUCGAGACAUUCGUGUUGGCUGAUGCUGCUGCUCCCAUGGUCGCCCCAGCGAUGAAUGUGGAGAUACUAAUUGACACUGUUGGUGGCCCCGACGUGGACAAAGAGAUGGUGGACAAAGAGCUACGUCAAGUGCCAACUAUGGUGCAAACAGUGGAGUACCUACGCCUUCUGUGAAAUAAAGUUGAAUGCAUGGGCUGUGACCACGGCUCCAUGCAAUGCUUGGUAAAAUUAAAGCACGGGCUGCUCGCACCCGGUAAGAACUUGAAACAGCCAAUGCUCACUGCCUUUUUUGCACCUGAAUAAAGUUUUGCUUCACUGAAUA